AUGAACACAGAGGCCCCAGGACGCACCACCCCAAGGCCAAGGCCCGAUAGGGCCAGAGGACCCAGGCCCCACAAGGCAGUCACUGGGCUGAGCCAGUACACUCCCAAGUGCCCAGCCCCAGACACUGAGGGCUACCAGCGCACCAGCGGGCAGAGGCACAGCCCACCAGAGGGCAGAGUGGCAGGGGGGCAAAGCCCACCACCAGAAGUGGGCCCCCAAGUGAACCAGAGGAGGGGGCAACCCAAGACUCAGCCUGACACAUAUCCAAUCAAGCAUAGACACAAUCUCACCCUCAUCUUCAUACCCACUCAUUCAAAGACACACAAGAUGGACGCAAUACUCCAAUCAUGCUCCCCAUACAUACCCCAUACCCCUCUGGUCCAGGACAUACACCCACCCCCAACAGAGGGCAGCCCACACCCAGAACAAGGAGGUAGACACAUUCAUUCUGGGGUGGAAAGGAGCAGACAGCCAAGGUCCGGCCCAGACCGCACCAGGCCGACUGGUCAGUCCCCCCCGCCUCAGCGAAUCCACACCCCAACCACCCCCACACACUGCGAACGACCAAGUGCGUACCCCCAACCGACCACCCAAUGGACUCUGCCCCCCGGCCAGCGGGCCAACCACAGCAACCAGGAGCCAUACCUCGGGAGUCCAAACGGCCCCAGGGAAGCCGGAGCGCCAGCCCUGUCCCCGGCACACCCCCCCAGGCCCCGAGCCCACCCACAGCCCAGGCUCCCACCAGACGGUCUGCCCCUCCUCUGGACCCCAUCUGUAAAUGGCUAUCGGGGAACAUGGGAGUGA